AUGGAUGUGGUGAUAGAGCAAAUCAUAAUUGCAUCCUGUAAGCAGGAAGAAUUCCUCGAGGGAUUUGCUGCCUUCAACAACACUUGGAUUGGCUUUUUAUUAUUUAAAGUCGCGUCCCCGUCCGGGAAGUGCCGAUCAGUCUCUGUUCCGUCGAAGUCUCCGCCCUCCUCCCCCGAAUCGCCGCCCGUUCUUUGCCGCUCCCUCCACCGUCCAUCCUCUUUCCGGUCGUUCAGCUUCCACCACCACCGCCACCUUCGCCCCUCGUUGAGGACGCUCGUGAAUCUCUUCGCUGAAGAACCGAAGCGCCCCAAGUUGGUUCUCUACACCACCUCGCUCCGCGGCAUCCGCCGCACCUUCGAGGACUGCUGCGCCGUCCGCGCCAUCCUCCGUGGCUUACGCGUCGCCGUCGACGAGCGCGACGUCUCCAUGGACGUCUCGUUCCGCAUCGAGCUGCAGUCCUUGCUGGGCAAGGGCCGGCCGUUGGCGCUGCCCCAGGUGUUCAUAGAGAACCGGUGGCUCGGCGGGGUGGAGGAGAUCUGUCAGAUGAACGAGGCCGGGGAACUAGGCCGGAGGCUCGAGGGCGUCGCCGCGCAGGACCCUACGUUUGUCUGCGACGGCUGCGGUGGGGCGCGCUUCGUGCCGUGCUCGUAUUGCCAUGGAAGCCAGAAGGUCUUCGUGGAGAAGGAGGGGAGGAAGCGGCGAUGCGACGAGUGCAACGAGAAUGGGUUGGUACGAUGCCUUCACUGCUGUUCAUGAAUCUCAAUAACCCAAUCAAAUUAGAGAUAAGGAAAAGAAUAAUUUUACUGGAAGUAGCUUCGUAGAAAAUAAUUUGAAAGAACGAACCAAAGUCAAGAAACUAUUUUAUUCUUGAUCUUUGCUUGUCCCCUUCUGGAUGGGACCAGUUGACUUGCUCGAGAGAAAUCUGACCCAGUUUAUAUGUAACUGGGAAGGCUUUCUUGGUGAUGCAUCUUCUCGAUAAUUGAUGCUGACUCUGAGAAUGAACAACUGGUUCUCGUCUCAAUAGUUUGGGUCUAUUGACGAUAAGUUGUGUAUAUAUUAUUGUAUAUAUCGGUUUGCCAAUAAAGUAAAAUAGUCGUGUGUAUAUAUUGUUGUAUAUAUGGGUUUGCCUAUAAAAUGUUAAUUUCUUUUCUUUU